UAAUUGUCUAAGUCAUUGUGCAAAUAUUCUGCAUCUGACUGUGUGUAGAACUUAUUUGUCUCUUUAUCAACGAUUAAAAUAAUACCAUGUGCUUGGAAUCUUAGUUAGCAGUGGUCAUGGCUGGAGUUUGUUUUGGUUUGCAUCUAGGAUCUACUAAUAUAUGUUUAGCACUUCAUAAAGAAGGUAAAACAGAGGUGAUUGCAAAUGAUGCUGGAGACAGGGUAACACCAGCAGUAGUGGCUUUUACCAAUAAUGAAAUUUCUGUAGGGCUUGCUGCAAAGCAGGGUCUGGUAAGGAAUGCAGCUAGUACAGUAUGUAAUGUUAAACAAGUAUUAGGAAAAGAUCUACAAGAAAUGGAGCAAGAAAUGAAAAACAGUGGUUGUAAGAUUAUUACUGAAGGAGAGAUGAAAUAUGAAAUAGAAAAUGAUGGGAAAAUUUAUUUUUACAAACCAUCAGAUAUACUUGUUCUUUUAUUCAAGAAAAUGCUUGGUAAGUAGUUUGAA